AUGGUGACUCUCGUCUGGUGGGGUGUAGCGCUUCCCACUCUAUCCACUGCAGAUGAAGGUUGGAUGGCGGCCGUUCAGGAUGUGGGAUGGGUGCUCACUGGUCUGUUAAGUGCCAGCUCGUCAAUGCCGAUUUCUACCAACGCCUCCCAUGUCCUUCCCCCAUCCAUGUCGAUUUCUAUUGGCACCUCGCGCAAGCGCAGGCGCUAA